CUGACAAGUGAAAAUGACGUCCCCGCUCUCUCUCCGUCCGAUGGAAGCAAAAGCGACAGCGACUCCCUCUCGCUAACGGACAAAUACCCCGUCAAACUCCGUCAACGUUCCACUGUGGGCGCGUGUGGGCCACGCACCUCCUCCCUCUCACUGAUUUCGACCGUACUCUCUUCCCCCACUGCUCCUUAGUCGUUUCCCAUCGUCACUCUCCCCCGCUCUACUUUUCCCUCAUUUUACUUUUCCUGCUUACCAAACACUAACUCACACCUUUCUAUUCUCUCUAAAAAGAUCCGCUGAGUUCUGUGUUUUCGGACUCUCCUUGCGAGAAUGUACAGUGUGGUCAGGAUCGGAGAAUCCGCCGUUGUUAUUCUUCAUGAGAUUUGAAGGUUAGCGUAUUGCAGAAGCUGGGUGCAGUGAAGCAAUGGAAAAUAAGGCGUGGCUUUGGAAGAAGAAAUCCUCAGAGAAGAACAUUGUUGCGGCUGAUAAAUCUUUCAAAGGAAAUGAAGAGGAGAUACAGACGCUUCUAGCUAAAAAAGUGGAGAUGGAGAAAGAGCUCACAAUUGUAAAUGAUAGGCUUACUUCAGCGCUCUCGGAAUGUGACACUAAAGAUGAACUCGUGAAGAAACAUGCGAAAAUGGCCCAGGAAUCCAUUAAAGGCUGGGGAAAGGCAGAAGAAGAAGCUGUAUCUCUGAAAUUGCAACUGGAUGAAGCUUUGCAGCAGAGAGUUGCUGGUGAGGAAAGAAUAGCGCAUUUGGAUGCAGCCCUCAAGGAAUGCAUGCAGCAGCUGCUAUUUGUUCGAGAAGAGCAGGAGAAGAGGAUUCAUGAUGCUGUGAUGAAGACAUCAAGGGAAUUUGAGACAUCCCAGAUGAUUUUAGAGGAGAAGUUAGCAGAAACCAGUAAAAGGCUUGCCAAGGUAGUUUCUGAAAAUUCCCAUCAUGGCAAGGCUCUUCUAUUGAAGGAAAAAGUGAUAGAAGAGUUAAACAGGCAGUUGAAUCAGGUGGAAGCAGAUUUUAGUGUACUGAUGAAUAGAGUGGAGUCCACUGAAAAAGAUAAUGCUUCCUUCAAAUAUGAAGUUCGAGUGCUAGAGAAAGAGCUUGAGAUCCGAAAUGAGGAGAGAGAAUUUAACCGUCGAGCUGCUAAUGCAGCACACAAGCAACACUUGGAGAGUGUGAAGAAAAUUGCCAAGUUAGAAUCAGAAUGUCAGAGGCUGCGCCUCCUGGUUCGCAAGCGGUUACCGGGUCCUGCUGCCUUGGCAAAAAUGAAAAAUGAAGUCGAAAUGCUGGGAAGAGAUUCCAGUGAUAAGAGGAGAAAGUCGAUUCCAACUAGCUUGAUGUUUGACUCUCCAGGUGAUAACUCUUCUGAAUCGCCCAGCAAAAGGAUCAGCAUGCUUACAGAGCAGUUAUGUGCUAUGGAAGAAGAGAACAAGGCUCUUAGAAAGGGGCUCCUUAAAAGGACAAAUGAGCUCCAAUUCCCACGAAACAUGUAUGCUUCUACAGCAUCCAAACUAUCACAAGUUGAGUUGCGGCUUGACGAGUCUUCAAAAGGUCUAAUGGUAACAGAGCCAACAAGGACUAGUUUCGUGUCCAAUGAGCUCUCUUUAGCAUCUGUAUCUGAGAUUGGCAGCGAUGAUAAGGAUAGCUGCGCUGAAUCAUGGGCUUCUGCUUUACUUUCUGAGCUGGAACACUUUCGAAAUGAAAGACCAAAAGGCUCGAUAUCAAAAAGAGUUGUUGGAGCUUCGGACAUUAGUUUGAUGGAUGACUUUGCUGAAAUGGAAAAAUUUGCUGUGGAUUCUGCUGAUAAGGAUUCUCAGGUUUCUUCGAAUAAAGCUAAUCCAAAUGCUGGCCCCUUGGAAAUGGAAUAUUCGUCAGAAGCAGUGGGUGUUGAGAUAGUUCCAGUUUCUGACAGCGAGUCAACCUUCAGUGUGUCCAACCAGGAAACCAAAAGUUGUUUUGAUGGUAAAUUUCCUGUAUGGCUUGAGGAUACUCUGAAACUGAUCUUGGAGCAAAACCACGUAACGGGAAGAAACUUUCAGGAAAUAAUUGAGGAUAUUAGAGUAGCUUUGGCAUGCUUCACGCAUCAAAAUCCUGGUGAACUUGUUCAUGCAAGGGAAAGCUCAAACAAUUUGGAUUUACCAGGCAGAGUAAUCAAUAAUAAACACACAAACUCCGAUAAGAGCAAUCAGCAUGUCCAUACAGAUCUGAAUAAUUCAAUUAGCAAAAUGAUUGAGCUUAUUGAAGGGAUCAGUUUGCCAUCACCAGCUUAUGAUAAUCAAGACUUUUCCAGGAAGGGUGGAAACUUCUCAUAUAAGAACUCAGAAACACCUGCAGGCUACACCGUCCGCGUUCUCCAAUGGAAAACUUCUGAACUCAGUGCUGUUCUUCAGCAGUAUGUGCAUGUCUGUUACAACCUAUUGAACGGAAAGACUGAUCUUGACAAAUUAGUGCAACAAUUAACUACUGCUCUGGAAUGGAUAAUUAACCACUGCUUUUCACUUCAAGAUGUUUCCAGCAUGAGGGAUGCCAUCAUAAAGCAAUUCGAUUGGGAUGAUUCACGAAGUGAAAGUGAAGCGGAAGUUGGAAUUAUGCGUCACUUUCCCGGAACAGACAAAUCACAUGUUCCAAGAGAACAGUUAUCACGUUUGUCCUCGGCUGCUGCGUCAAACAGCCAAAGUAUUCAGACAGAAGAACUGAAGUCAAUUGCCGUAGAAGACAGCGGAAUAUCAAAGGAUGAAUUAGAAGGGAGGCUUCAGUCAGCUACUGAUAUGAGCGAGUACCUGAUGAAGCAACUUCAUGAAUCUGAAACGGUCAUUGAUGGCUUGAAAACAGAAUUGCAAGCUUUAAGAAAGUCAAAGGGGAUGAUUGAGGACCAAAUGGAAAAUCAAAAAAUGAUGAAUGAAGAUCUUGGUACACAGCUCACAACGACUAGAGAAGAAUUAAAUGAAGCUCGUCAGAAGUUUUCAUCUCUAGAAGUUGAGCUGGAGAACAAAACCAACUCGUUUGAAGAAUUGCAGGCUACAUGUGUUGAGCUACAACUCCAGCUUGAAAGUGUGAAGAAGGAAAGCCCAAACUCUGAUCUUAAUCCGGAAGAAAAGGAACUUCGAAGCGAUCGGGAGAUAACAGCUGCUUCAGAAAAGUUAGCUGAGUGCCAAGAGACUAUCCAAAACCUCGGGAAGCAGCUGAAGGCAUUGGCUGCUCCAAAAGAAGCAGCUCUCUUUGAUAAGGUCAUCGUUAAUCCAAGUGAUGCAAAAACUAGCACUGACACUACGAGCCCAACCUUGAAGAAGGACAAAAGCAUGAGCCACCGGACUUCUCUAUUGGAUCGGAUGCUAGCAGAAGAUGAUGCUGCGACUAAGAAUCUCAAGUCUCCAGAUACGAAAGAAAUUGACAGUAAUUCUACUGCCAAGUUGGGGCCUUAUGGGGCGAUAGAGCCUCUAGAAAAGAUCCUUGUUCUUGGUGGCAAACACCAGAAUGACAAUGCUGCAGCAGAUUCAUUGGCUAUCGUGGCGACCAAGAAGCACGGAGGCAGGAGUUUGUGGAGAAAGCUACUUUGGAGAAAGAAGAAAGGUAACAGCAAGAAACCCCCCCUUCCAUUUGCCUCAUAACGGAUUACCAUUAUACAACUAUAACAGGGCCAGUGUUGAGAAUCCCUCAAUACCGUUGUGGUUUGGUUUUGUUGCAUGCUUGGAAUAUGAAUAUUAUGGUUUGACUUCUGUUGGUAAUCUGAGAAUGGUUAAAUAGUGCACGGACUUGAGUUCUGCGUGUUUUUCUGUAUUAUUUUACAUGUUCUCCCCCAUUGCUCUGGAAACUCGGGGAAGUUUACAAACAUGAACACUAGUAGCCGUUUUCUGAGCUGAUAUUAAAAGAUCAAAUGAAAAAAAAGAAAAAAUGAAAGG